UUCAUGGUUUUUGUCCAUACUUGCACUUAUUUUAGAAUCAUUAUUAGAAACAUAUAUGCCUUCUGAUACUACACAAACUCUUGGAGGCAAGAAACUAACUCUAAUAAUUCGGAAAUUACGUAGGAAAUGGAUGCAAACAAACAUUGUGCUUACGACGCGUCUGACGUUCACCUUACCUGCCGCUGUGAGCGCUAGUGUCGCUCCAUCUGUCAAACGGCAACAACUUUUACAGCAGACCUGAAGCAUUUCAGAAAUAUUUCCAGAGCUAUGCGUAUGAUGAAGAAUUGUGCCCUGGUACAUAUGUUGAAUUCACAAGUGUGUGCUUCAGAUACUUUCACACACUUGUACAUGGAAUUUUGAGGAUAAUGACUGAAGAACGCAAGACCAUUAAGGAGCUUGUUCUGAGUGAAUAUUUUAAUGCGCCAUCUAUAAUAAUUAAAAAAUUUGAAGAACUGUUGAUUGGAGCAGUUACUCAUUCUAGUAGGAAAGAGGAUGAAAAUUUCGACAGAGAGAUAGCUGAUGAGCUGUUCCGACCAAAUAGGACCACCUUUGGAAUGAGCCUUCCUGGCAUUGAUAUACAAAGAGCUAGAGACCAUGGUGUGCCUCCGUACAAUGAUCUGCGUGAGAAAUGUGGGCUUCCAAGAGCAAAUGACUUUGGUGAUCUCAUUGAUACUACCCCUUAUCCAGCAAUUGUAAAAAUGAAAAAAGUUUAUAAACAUGUUGAUGAUAUUGAUCCCAUAGUUGGAGGAGCCUUAGAAAAUAAUAUCCCUGGAACAUUGAUGGGUCCAACAUUUCUGUGUCUUAUGGUUAAUCAGUUCCUCUUAUCGCAGAAGUCUGACAGAUUUUUCUACCUCAAUAGGAAACAGGAGUAUCCCUUUACUGAAGGACAAAUCAAGGAAAUUAAGAAAGCUAGCAUUGCCAGGCUUAUGUGUGACCAUACAGGUGUUCAAAAGAUUCAAAAACAAGCAUUUUUGCAGAUAUCUAAGAGGAAUUCGUUAGUAGAUUGUAGACAUAUUCCUGCUGUUGAUCUGUCAGCGUGGAAGGAAAAAUGGAAUGUUGCUUGAACUAGUAUCAAGAGCAGCAUCCUGCUUUGAGUUAUUACUGUGAAAAUACUGCUUUGAAAUCAGUAUGAAAUAGUAAAAAUGUGUCAAACUUGUAAGAGUUUGAAGUGCUUCACUUCACUGUUAGAUGGGUGAAACAACUGGGUUUGGGCUUAAAGAAAAAUGUUGUAAGGAAAAAAGUGUUUAAUCAUGAAAAAUAAAAGCAAAGAAAAAUUCUUACUUGUCUGAUGAGUCUCUUAAUGAUUUGUCAUUACAAUGCAGUUUCUAGCUGUUUCUGUGCCUCACUAUUUUAUUUCAUUAUGUAUUGUAAUCGCGCGUUUAAUAAAAGCCUUGCAUUUUUACUACCUCUCCAAUUAGUCACAUGUAAUCAUAUGGCAGUGACAAAUGGACCUUUUGAACCAAUUUAGUAGAUUCUUAUUGUAGAGCUGGACUAAGUUAUUUUGUGGCACAUCAGAUCUAACUUCUGACAUUAAAUGAAGACACAGUUUUUGAUGCUAAAAGCAGUAUUAAGAAUCACUGUUGUAACCUGAGUGUAACUAUGAUAUGUUAAAAAAGUGUUAAAAUGCCAAUAAAAGAUUUUAUUCAUGU